AUGAAGCUGAGUCUCGCUCUCGAAGAUGCCCACCAAGGGCCGUUUCUUGCCAACGACCUGGUAAGAGCAUCGUUCGAAAUCCGAGGGCCUACCUUUCACAAAUCGCCUCGCAUUUCGGCCAAAUUCGUCGGCACAAUGGCGGUGUCGUUUCCCACGCAGGUUAACGCGGCAAGCCCGGGACAAAUCACGACGGUGUUGUUUGAGCAGCACAAGAAAAUAGAAUAUCGAGAUUUGCAGUGGGACGAAGAUGCCUCCUCUGGCGAAUCAAUAUACACCACUCCCAUAGAGUUUCAGUUCCCUGAUGGAGCUUGCUACUGCGAUAGACCCCAGAAAUGCCAGCUCCCGCCUUCUUUGGACAUCAUGGAGCAAAACAUGAGGGUCAAGGUAUCUUACACUAUGACGAUCUCUGUGGGUCGCAGUGUGCUGGGCGCAAUGACAAAGACGAAGACCGUAGCCAUGGAAAUUCCGUUCAGCUGCAACCCAUCCACCGCAAGACUUCCGCGGUCAUCCUGCGUUUUGUCGGUGCCGAUGAAUGAAAAGCCUGGGCGAUACGCACGGCUACGCGACACGAUUGCGGACCAAGAGCACGACGACGGCUCGUGUCCGUCUUACAGCCCGAAAUACUCGCCAUCCAUCAAAGUCGAGGUUCUCCUCCCACAGCCAGCGAUUUUAAUCCGUGGCCAGCCGACGCCGGUUCAGAUCCUCGUCCACACACCCACCGAUAUGAUCGAAUCAGGCAACGUCUAUCUCCGAAGCGUCUCUAUGGACUUGAAGACAUUAGUCACAACAUCCACCGGCGCGGUACCGCGAACAAUUACACAGAGAAGACACGGAUGCAGCAUGGCUGGUGCAGUCAAGAUUGAUAGCGAGCUAUUUGAGCUCGACUCGGGAGCGUGGGGAAACUUUUUCGUCCUGAAUGCAAAGCCGACGACUGAGUCUUGCAUAUUGAGGAUGGACCAUGUGGUUGAGGUUGUGACGGGGAUCUCUGUUGGGCUGGGGAAUGACAUUAGAUAUGCUGUUGCGGCGUUUGAGGUUAUUGUGAUGGAUCCUCCACCCGCCUACGAAGUGGGAGAUGCUAUACAAGCAUAA